CCGGUUUCUCAAACUCGUCCAACAUGGCAACACGGUGGGGAAUAUGUAGCUCUGGGAAAAUUAGUCACGAUUUUACCGUGGCUCUGAAAACACUCCCACCCGGAGAUCACCAGAUUGUUGCUGUGGCAGCUCGUAAACUGCAGGACGCAAAUGAUUUUGCCAAGAAGCACAGCAUCCCCACGGCCUAUGGCAGCUAUGAUGAGCUGGCCAAGGAUCCAGAAAUUGAUGUGGUCUAUGUCGGAGUCAUCCAUCCCUACCACCUGAAGGUCAGCCAGAUCUUCAUGGAGGCCCAGAAGAAUGUCCUAUGUGAGAAGCCCCUGGCUAUGAACAGCAGGGAGGUGCAGGAGAUGGUGGCCUCUGCCAGGAGGAACAACGUGUUCCUCAUGGAGGCUGUGUGGACCCGUUUCUUCCCUGCCUCUCUGCAGAUCAGACGUGUGCUGGCGCAGGAGGAGCUGGGCGAGGUGAAGGUGGUGAGGGUGGACUUCGGGGCGGCCCUCAUGCACGUCCCCCGGGCGGUGGAGAAGGAGCUGGGCGGGGGGGCCCUAUUGGACAUAGGCAUUUACUGCUUGCAGUUCAUCACUAUGGUGUUUGGAGGGGAGAGGCCGGAGAGCAUCCAGGCCACCGGGGUCUGCCUGGACACAGGUGUAGAUGAGAGCAUAGUGGUGACCCUGAAGUUCUCCAGGAGCAGACUGGCAGUCUUCACCUGCUCUGUAGCAGUGGACCUGCCCAACGAUGCCCUCAUAGUGGGCACCAAAGGAACUGUUAAGGUUCCUGCUCAUAUGUGGUGCCCAACAUCGCUGGUGGUGAACGGGAAGGAGACCCAGUACCCAGUGCCAGAGCCCUACCUGCCCCUCAACUUCCUCAACAGCACGGGCAUGCGGUACGAAGCGGAGGAGGUCCGCCAGUGCCUGCUCAAAGGUCUGAAGGAGAGCCCAGGGAUGACCCACUCAGACUCGCUGCUAUUGGCUGAGGUGAUGGAUGAGGCCCGUCGGCAGGUGGGCGUGGUGUACAGCCAGGACCAUCUGUAACCACCCCCACUCCUCCUGCUAGUCCCAAAACCUAACAUCCCUGAUUCAGUAAAAUAAUUCCAUCAAUAUAGAUAAUGUCUUGACUGCAAUUUAAUAUGACCAUUUUACUGUUCCUUGGACCAACAUGGCCCUUUGUUGAAUCAGUAAGAAUGUUGCCCCUAGCAUUGAUUGUACAGUACAUACAAAUGUUGGAGUAAUGUAAACAGUUGGUCUCUCCUGAAAUACAGCUUUAUUAACAUUGAACAAAAACAUAACAGGAAACAGAAGGGUGCUCAUAUGCUUUUAUUGGUAGAAGUUCAGUCAUCGGUACACCAGAUUGCUAUAUUACCCAGAACACACCUUAUAUCUUACACCUUGCCUGCCAACCCAAUCAGAGAAGCAGGGGGCAAUCAGACACACACACACACACAAACACACAGCUUGGCCACCGAUAGACAGGAGGAAGAGAGCGGGUGGAGGAGGGAGGGAGAAGUGGGUGGAGGGGGCAGGGCUAUGGGUACAACCACAACUAGAACAGCCCCUCCCAGUUCCCUUCAAAACUCCCAUGAAAAUGCUGCUUUCAAAGAGGUCAUACACUUUACGGAACCAUGUAGAUUCCCCAACACACACAGUGGUUCUGAAGUGCCAACAUUGAGAUGUGACCCGCGAUGCUAAAGAAAUGGCGUGGGCUUUUCAACACUUUCUCUCACAAAACAAGCAAACAAACACAAAGUAACUGUCGUCAAAUAACUAACACGGGAGAUCCAACACUAGCAUGUUCUCUGUGGCUAAACAAAAUAGUAGUAGUAUUGGAUGCCCCGCAAUCAAAAUUCACUG